AUGCACGCCACGCAGGAGGCGGGAGCGCGCACGCAGGAGCGGUCCCUGCAGCAGAGCUCGGGCCGCGUGCGUGCGCGUGCGUGUGCGUGUGCGGUGGAGGAGCCUUGAGGAGCGCACACGGAACCAGCGAAGAUGGACGGAGUGGGAUCGUUCGGAGCGGGCCGAAGCGGGUCCACUGUGGACCCCAUUACCUUCGCCAAACAACCGCAGACCAUAUUAAGAAUCCUGUCGUGGAUCUUCUCCCUGGUGGUGUUUGCCUCCAUCGUGAACGAGGGCUACGUCAACAUGGGCAGCGAGCGUCUCUACUGCGUCUUCAACAAGAACGCGGACGCGUGCAACUACGGCGUGUUUGUGGGUCUGGUGGGUCUGCUGGCCGGCUCCUUCUUCCUGCUUCUGGACUACAAGUUCUCUUCCAUCAGCUCCGUCAAAGACCGCAAGAAGGCCGUCAUGCUUGAGGUGGUCUUCUCGGGUUUCUGGGCCUUCUUGUACUUUGUAAGCUUCUGCUUCCUGGCCACUCAGUGGUCCCAAACAACGGCCGACGAGCUGCCACUCAACCAGGGGGCGGACGCCGCUCGGGCCGCCAUCGCCUUCUCCUUCUUCUCCGUACUCACUUGGGCUGGUCUCACGGUGCGUGCGGUGCAGAAAUACCUGCUGGGCACCGACAUGAGUCUGUUCACCUCAGAGCAUGCAGACGCCCAGCCUUGUCCCUCCGACCCACCAGGGGGCACCGGCGAGUCCACAGAAGCUUACCAGAACCCGCCGUUUACAGAGAACAACACAGCACCGACGUACCAGGUGCCCAUUUAUUAGCCGGGGUCAAGACUAGAGAAAGGUCUCCCCCCCUCCCCCCCGUCACUUUUCAAAACCAUGUUAGCAAAUAUUUGCUUUCCUCCUCUCGUUGUUGACGUCAACAUUCCAGCUCUUUCCGCACUUUUCUACACUCGCUUUCACGCGGAGGACGUUCCUCGGCGGAAAGGUCGGAGAGAAAAGAGAAAACACGGAGGAGGAAUCAUAGGAGAUGAGGCGGCAUUCCAACAACAUACCACACUUUCACUUUCACUUUCACUUUCCUUCUGUCCUUGCAGUCGAACAGCGAUCACACGCAUUAAUUGGUUCCGCAUGUAGCAACUCAAGUACUCCAAGUGACUUCAUUUAGCAACAAUAGUUUCUGUGAGCAGUCACUUUGUCCUGCGGGGGCUUGUACUGCACUGCGGGGGAGCCACACUGGCUGGGUGUGGAUAGAGAAAGUGAAAGCAACAGCAGGUUGUUAAAAAAAUAAACAUAAAACAAAUGACAGAAACAUAAUAAAUGGGCAUAGAACCAUGCAAUCAAUAUGUUGGAGGAAAUGUAUCAAUAACAAAAUGUAUACAGUAUUUAUGUCGCAUUACUUUUUUUAUAUUCUCCCAGACAAAUCUUGUUCUUUUAGUUGAAUUGUGUUGGUUAAAUGUAAGUCACAUAUUCAGUUUUAUAUUUAUUAUUAGUAUCAUUAUUAUGUCUCUAUGUAUUUAGUUUAUAUUUUCCCUAACAUGUGUUCAUUAAUGCAUGAUAAAAAUACAUUAAUAAUGUAUUUUUUUUUUAUUAUUUGUAAUAAUACUUACAUAAAAUAAUACAUUAUGUAUUUUUAUUACAUAUGAAUCAGUAUGUGUUGAUUCAUACGUAAUAAAAAUUAAUCCUUAAUAAUAAUGUAUUUUUAUUUAAUAUUCAUACUACUAUUACCGUUAUAAGUAAUAUUAAAAUAAAUAAAAUAUUAAUGAUGUAUGUUUGUCAUGUAUGA